AUGUUCAGAUCAUCACCAAGUAGUCCCUCCGAAACUCAAACUCUUGUCGCUUGUUCUUCUCCUCUCUCAUUGAUGGGCUUUUCUGAUGAUGAAGAGGAUGAACAGCCAAAACAUGAACUUAACAUCCACACACCAAUUACACCUCAAAUUAAAAACAUUCCUUCUCAUAAUAAUUUAAUGAAUUCUCCACUAAAGUCUCCUCCGAAUACUAAUACAUCAAAUGGUAAAUUAUUACUCAAUCUUCAACAAGGUAGUACUUCCAUCACUAAUAAGAAUCCAUUCAAUAUGAGCAAUACAAUGGAUAGUAGUGAUGAUGAUUUAUUGGUUGAUAUUGAUUCUCCACUAUUAGAAUUUGGACAAGACAAUGUAUUUAAUAACAACACCACCACCUCUACAGCAAUUAAUAGAAACAACAAUUCAGGAAAGUCUUCAAGUGAUUCAUCAUCUUCGGAGAAGACUUCCCAAGGAGGCUCCUCUGAUACAUCAUCAAGUUCUUCAAGUAGUAGUAAGAAAUCUUCAUCACUUAAAGGCAGCAAUAGCAGUAAUAGUAUUGCAAGUACGAGUAAUACUAAUAAUAAUGGAGGAUCAACUCUUACUAUUAAGCCAAAGGCUAAAUCCACAAAAGAAAAGAAAGAAAAGAAAGAAAAGAAAGAAACUAAAUCUCCAAAGAAAAAGAAGGAAACUCCAAAAAAGAAAGUCGAAUUCAAGAAGGUGGAAAGUAGUUUCAGUGACAGUAGUCCAUCACCCCAAAGAGAAUCAGAAAGUUCUAAGAAGAGAAAGAAAUCCACUCCUGAAGAGGUUCCUAAAAAGUGGAAAAAGAAGAAAGUGGAAGAAGUUCCUCCUCUAGCUCAACCACCUCCAUCAGUUGGAGGAAAGAAAAGUCUCUGUCGACAAUUUACUGACAUGAUUACAGAAAUUAAAAAGACAGCAAAGAAAAAGAAGUAUCAUGAUGAUUUGGAUGUGAGUGAGGAUGAUUCAGAUGAUUUGAUGGAUAUUUCAUCAAGUGAGGAGUUGCUAUCUUCUGAUUCAGAGGAUGAAGUGGUUGUGAGAAAGAGAAAGAAAUUAACUCCAAAGAAAAAGAAGCUCUUUGCAAAUAUGCGUUUUGUAAUUUCAAAUUCUCUUAUUGAAAGUGAUAAAGAAAAACUGGAAAAGAAAAUUAAGGAAGAAAAUGGAACAAUUAUAAGACAAUUAUCAUCUAGUAAUUUGGAUAGUUGUGAAAUUGGUAAAACUGUACUCAUUUCAGAAAAGACAUCAACAAAACCAACCUAUUUAAUUGCACUAUUACUCGAUAUUCCAAUACUGAAGAAGGAUUGGAUAUUCGAUUCAAUUACCGAGAAGAAACUCAUAACAGAUGAGAAGACUAUACAGAAGUAUCUAUUAGAUAGAGGUACAACUAGUUCUAGAUUGGAUCCAUCUACUCUUCAUGUUGAAAAACAAACAUUCAAUUCAUCAAUGAUGUGCUGUAAAAAGGAAAAUAGAAUUUUCUAUGGUUGUCGAGUGAAGAUUUUGGGAAAUGAAAAAGAAUUGUCCAGUUGGAUCAGUAUAUUGGUUGCUGGUGGAGCCAUCAUAGAUAAUGAAUUGACUACACAAACAAGUGAAGGAUCGAAUUUCAUUUUUGUAAAAGAUUCGAAUAAGCUUACUGAAGAAGAUGUGGAGAAGGCAACAUCUAUGAAGCUUCCAAUACUUGAUGGAGAAAGUUUGCUUCAAAUUGUAAUUACACUAGAAAGAAAAUUCUCAGAAGAGCAAGUUUUAAACUAUGCAGAGCUUUCGCAGAUAACUAGAAAGAUGCAACCACUUCCUUCGAUCAAUCUAUUGGAAAUGUCAAUGCCACUAAUUGAAUUGCCAGAUGAAACUGAUGUUAUCAACAAUAUGGAUCUCAUAGAUAAGAUUGAGUUUGGUAACUUUUUUAAUAUUAAUGAGAAAGAUUCCAUUCAAAAAACCUCAUUCACAAGAGUUACAACUUGUAGUGGUGAUACUAUAUGUGAAAAGUAUUACAUUCAUGAUAUGGUUGUUUUGGAUUAUUUGAAUGAGGAGUUAAUUUGUAGAAUAGAUAGUUUAUACUAUUGUGGAAAUAUUCCAACACUAAGGGCUACCCAAUAUUAUUCGAAUCCAAAACGAAAGCUUCAAAAAACUGAAAGAGUAGUCAAUUGUUCCGUAGAGCAUAUCAAGUACAAGCUUAAUAUUUGUGGACCUACCCGUCACAAAUCCCAACACUUUUAUUCGAAUCAACGUUUCAACACCAAGACACAGGUCAUUUCUGAUAUUUUGGAAGAUAUCAAAACAGUUGGAGAAACUUGUCUUGGCUUGGAACAAUGUAAAGAGCACAAAUUCAAAUGGCUACCACCUUUCAAAACCAAUAUUUUCAAUGACCACAUUAUGGUUAGCACACUCAAAUGGAGGAAGCAAUUAUUCCAACAGGGAGACUUUGUUCUCAUCAAACAAAAACAAUCUGAUUUACAAAUUGUUGGAUGCAUAACAGAGAUGAGGGAGAAUGAUACCAAUAUUUUCGCCAUUCCAUCUUCCAGAAAGUUUCCAAUUUCACAGGGAUCACUCUUUGUGGAAAUAUUCGAAAAGCUCGACCAAGAUUUUUGUGUACUCUCCAAAAACUCCAACGUGAUAACAACAACAACUGAUAACCACCAACAAGGAAACACUGUUGUCAGUCAAUUGUGUGUGAAUAACAGUAAUAAUCAACAGUACAAGACAACUCACCAAGUUUCAAGAUUGGAUGUUGAAUCUAUUCAGCACAUCCAAUCAUUUGUAGCCAUUAAUGGUCAAUUAAUUGGAGACAAUUCAAUUAACACGCUAGUCCAACAAUACUCUAACAAUCUGAUCAUCAUCCACUAG